AUGUUCCUGUCGACCCUCAAGUGGAGGGAGGAGUAUGGAGCCGACAGGGUGCUGCAAGAUUUCGUGUUCAAUGAGAAGCCUGAGUUUGCCAAGUUUUACCCAGAAGGCUGCUAUGGCGUUGACAGGGCGGGCCGCCCCGUGUAUGUGCAGCAGCCGGGGAACAUCGAUCUGGAGCAGCUCUUCAAGUUCACCACGGAAGAGCGAUGUGUGCGCUACCAUGUGCAGCAACAGGAGCGCUACAUCAACCUGAUUGCCCCGGCAUGCUCGGUGGCAGCAGGCAGGUGCGUCGACCAGUCCCUCGUCCUCAUCGACCUCCAAGGUGUGGGCGUGAGCACCCUGACCUCUGACUUCAGAGCCAUCGUGCAGAAGGUGCUCAGCAUCGACCAGGCCCACUACCCGGAACUGAUGUGGAAGUCCAUCAUCAUCAAUGCCCCGACCAGCUUCCGGAUCAUGUGGGGCAUGGUCAAGUACAUGCUGGACACCAGGACCCAAGUCAAAGUGCAGGUCCUGUCCAGCAACUGGAGGGAGGAGCUGCAGGAGUACAUCGCCCCGGACCAGCUCCCCAAAGAGUACGGCGGCACCAACCCCGCCCCUCUCCCCGACCCGCCAGGACCGUGGCGGGACCCUGCCAUCGUUGAGAAGGUGGCAGCCCUGACCGUCGACGGCUCCUUCUGCUUCCGGGCCUGA